AUCAGGCUGGGCUCUGGGUUCUCUGCACCAUGAACCAGAAGACCACGCUCGUGCUCCUGGCGCUGGCUGUCAUCACCAUCUUUGCCUUGGUGUGCGUCUUGCUAGCUGGCCGGGGAGGAGAUGGGGGUGAACCCAGCCAGCCCCUCCACUGCCCUGCCACAUCUCCCAGUGCCCAGCCCUGGACACAUCCUGGCUCGAGCCAGCUAUUUGCAGACCUGAGCCCUGAGGAGCUGGCGGCUGUGGUGAGCUUCCUGACCCGGCAACUGGGCCCGGGCCUGGUGGAUGCAGCCCAGGCCCGGCCCUCGGAUAAUUGCAUCUUCUCCGUGGAGCUGCAGCUGCCCUCCAAGGCGGCUGCGCUGGCCCACCUGGACCGGGGGAGCCCUCCACCUGCCCGGGAGGCAUUGGCCAUCGUCUUCUUUGGGGCCCAGCCUCAGCCUAACGUGAGUGAGCUGGUGGUGGGACCGCUGCCCCGACCCUCGUAUAUGCGGGAUGUGACUGUGGAGCGUCACGGGGGCCCCCUGCCCUAUCACCGCCGCCCCGUGCUCAUGCGCGAGUACCACGACAUAGACCAAAUGAUCUUCCACCGAGAGCUGCCCCGCGUGGAUGGGCUCCUACACCACUGUUGCUUCUACGGGCGCCCAGGACACAGCCUGGUGACACUGAUCACGGCGCCCCCGGGUCUGCAGUCUGGGGACCGGGCCACCUGGUUCGGCCUCUACUACAACACCUCGGGGUCGGGGAUUUUUUUGCACCCCGUGGGCUUGGAGCUGCUGGUGGACCACAAGGCCCUGGACCCUUCCCGCUGGACCAUUCGGAAGGUGUUUUUCCAAGGCCGCUACUAUGAGAACUUGGCACAGUUGGAGGACCAGUUCGAGGCUGGCCGGGUCAACGUGGUGCUGAUCCCCCACAAUGGGACAGGGGGGGCCUGGUCCCUGAAGUCCCAGGGGCCCCCGGGUCCUGCUCCCCCUCUGCAGUACUUCCCCCAAGGCCCCCGCUUCAGUGUCCAGGGGAGCCAAGUGGCCUCCUCCCUGUGGACCUUCUCCUUCAGCUUGGGGGCUUUCAGUGGCCCAAGGCUCUUUGACAUCCGCUUCCGGGGAGAGCGUCUGGCCUAUGAGAUCAGCCUCCAAGAGGCCUUAGCCGUCUAUGGUGGAAACACCCCCGCAGCUCUGCUUACCCGCUACAUCGAUGGUAGCUUUGGCAUGGGAAAGUACAUCAGCCCCCUGACGCGGGGUGUGGACUGUCCCUACCUGGCCACCUACGUAGACUGGCACUUCCUGUUGGAGUCCCAAGCUCCCAGGACCAUCCGAGAUGCCUUGUGUGUAUUUGAACACAACCAGGGCCUCCCGCUGAGGCGGCACCACUCAGAUUUCUACUCCCACUACUUUGGGGGUCUGGUGGACACCGUGCUGGUCAUCCGCUGCAUGUCCACCUUGCUCAACUAUGACUAUGUGUGGGAUAUGGUCUUCCAUCCCAAUGGGGCCAUCGAAGUCAAAUUCCACGCCACGGGCUACAUCAGCUCGGCCUUUCUCUAUGGUGCCACCCGGAGGUAUGGGAACCAAGUUGGGGAGCACCUGUUGGGCACAGUGCACACUCACAGCGCCCACUUCAAGGUGGACCUGGAUGUAGGAGGACUGGAGAACUGGGUCUGGGCUGAGGACAUGGCCUUUGUCCCCACAUCAGUGCCCUGGAGCCCCAAACACCAGGCUGAGAGGCUGCAGAUAACCAGGAGGCAGCUGGAGACGGAGACACAGGCGGCCUUCCCGCUGGGAGCUGCCACCCCUCGAUACUUGUACCUCGCCAGCAACCACAGCAAUAAGUGGGGUCACCCACGAGGCUACCGCAUCCAGGUGUUCAGCUUUGCUGGGGAGCCCCUGCCCCAGAACAGCUCCAUGGAGAGAGCCGUCAGCUGGGCGAGGUACCAGCUGGCUGUGACCCAGAGGAAGGAGGAGGAGACCAGCAGCACCAGCAUCUACAACCAGAAUGACCCCUGGAGCCCCACUGUAGACUUCUCCAACUUCAUUGACAAUGAGACCAUUGCUGGUGAGGACCUGGUGGCCUGGGUGAUGGCUGGUUUCCUGCACAUCCCACACUCUGAGGACAUUCCCAACACGGUGACCGCGGGGAACGGCGUGGGCUUCUGGCUUCGGCCCUACAACUUCUUUGACCAGGAUCCCUCCUUCGAUUCUGCUGACUCUGUCUACUUCCGGGGAGACCAGGAUGUGGGAGCCUGUGGGGAGAACCCUCUGGCUUGUCUCCCCCAGACUGCGAGCUGUGCCCCUGACCUCCCUGCCUUCUCCCACGGGGGUUUCUCUCACCAUUAGAUGGCCCCUGGGUGGAGAUGUGGGCUGGGGCCCUGGACCCGGGUGC